CAUCAAUACUAUUGUUAUUGUUAAUAUUAUUAAUUCAAUUACCAUCGACUUAUUCGGUUACGAGAGAAUAUGAUUUAACCAUCACUUAUGAGCCAUUAAAAACCGACCCUAGUCGAUUAGCAAUCCACGAAUGCUCAUUCCCAUACGACGAAACACCAAGGGAUUCCAAUCUAAUUUAUAAUGCAAUUAAUAUUGGUAAUAUAGUUAAAAGUAUGAAUAAUAUGAAAAAUGGCGAUGGGCAUUCUUAUGAAAAUUAUGAUAAUAGUGGUGUUAAUGGCGAUGGAGAUGAUAAAAAUGAUGACGAUGGAUCAAAAUAUUGGUUGGAAUUUGUGUUAGCUUCAACUGUUACUAUACAAGACGAAGUUAAUUCUAACAAAAAGAAAUUGUGGAUGAAUACUAAAUAA